AUGGGCCAUUGGGAGAGAUCCGGAAUAUUGGAAAAACCAGAAGAGCUUGAGACCGAGAGGUUUUUGGGUAGUAGCUAUGAUUAUAAAGGGACGGAGUAUGAGUUUAUCCCAUUUGGUUCGGGUCGAAGAGGAUGCCCGGGAAUGUCAAUCGGAGCUACCACCAUGGAAUUGAUCCUUUCGAAUCUCCUUUACGCUUUUGACUGGAAAUUACCAGAUGGGAUGAAGGGAGAGGAUGUAGACACCAUGACAACUCCUGGGCUCGCUCUCCACAAGAAAAAUGCGCUUUGUCUUGUUGCUUUUAAUCAUGAUCAUAAACGGAUUAAAGGCUAA